ACCCUUGCGCGCCCUCCGCCGGCUCCAAAACCAUAGAGAGGAGGACGGCGGGUUUCUUGGUGAGCCCGGGUCCCUAAAGGCCGGAAAGAAAGUCGGGCUUCUCUAGCCCCUGGAGGACUCGACUCACUGGUGAGCGAUUUAGGUCCGGAGGAGGCGUCGUGGGGUGAGCUUUUUCAGACGCGCGAUCCCAGGACACGUCGGGAAGCUAGCAUCCCUAGAGCUGCUUGGAAAGAGGACCAAAGACGUCUAAAAAGUCAUGGGAAAUAUCUCUAAAUAUUUGUUACCAUGUAUAAGCUGCUAAAGAGAAAUUGGGCCCAACAAAACUAAUUGAAUAAUUGAAGCAGAUUUGUGUGUAUCAUUAAAUUCUAUCCAGAAGUUGAAGAAUCUGAAUUUAAAGAUUGUGUGCAUUUAAUAAGAGAAUGACCUUUCAGUUUAAUUUCACUAUAGAAGGCCAUCUGGAAAAUGAAUUAACACCCAUUAGAGAUGGAGCUUUGACCCUGGAUUCCUCAAAAGAGCUGUCAGUCUCAGAAAGUCAAAAAGGAGAAGAGAGGGACAGAAAAUGUUCUGCAGAACAAUUUGACUUGCCUCAGGAUCACUUGUGGGAACAUAAGUCAGUGGAAAAUGCAGCUGCCUCUCAAGACACAGACAGUCCACUCAGUGCAGCCAACAGUUCAAGGAACUUGGAGCCACAUGGAAAACAGCCCUGCUUGAGAGCUGCCAAAGAGCAUGCUAUGCCUAAAGAUUUAAAGAAGAUGUUAGAAAAUAAAGUCAUAGAAACAUUACCAGGUUUCCAGCAUGUUAAGUUAUCAGUAGUGAAAACCAUCUUGUUGAAAGAGAACUUCCCUGGAGAAAACAUAGUUUCAAAAAGCUUUUCUUCUCACUCUGAUCUGAUUACAGGUGUUUAUGAAGGAGGCUUAAAAAUCUGGGAAUGUACCUUUGACCUCCUGGCUUAUUUCACAAAGGCCAAAGUGAAAUUUGCUGGGAAAAAAGUCUUGGAUCUUGGUUGUGGAUCAGGUUUACUGGGUAUAACUGCAUUCAAGGGAGGGGCCAAAGAAAUUCACUUUCAAGAUUAUAACAGUAUGGUGAUUGAUGAAGUAACCUUACCUAAUGUAGUAGCUAACUCCACUUUGGAAGAUGAAGAAAAUGAUGUAAAUGAGCCAGAUGUGAAAAGAUGCAGGAAACCAAAAGUAACACAACUAUAUAAAUGCCGAUUUUUUUCUGGUGAGUGGUCUGAGUUUUGUAAACUUGUACUAAGCAGUGAAAAACUUUUUGUAAAAUAUGAUCUCGUUCUCACCUCAGAAACCAUUUACAACCCAGAUUAUUAUAGUAAUUUGCACGAGACUUUCCUUAGACUGUUAAGUAAAAAUGGACGUGUACUUUUGGCCAGCAAAGCACAUUAUUUUGGUGUAGGUGGAGGUGUUCAUCUCUUUCAGAAGUUUGUAGAAGAAAGAGAUGUUUUUCACACCAGAAUACUCAAAAUAAUUGAUGAAGGAUUGAAGAGGUUCAUAAUUGAAAUAACUUUUAAGUCUCCUGGUUAAUUAACGUUCACUGAGUAUCCAAAAUGAAAUAAACAGAAGGACCAAAAA